GUACGUUGAUAAUAUGUGGAACAUAUUCAACCUGUGGUAAACACCGGCCUUUAGGUGGCACGGUAUUCGAAUGAACUUGAAGCUCAGGAAUUGAGUUUUUUUACAAAAGACGCUGGAGUGUCGGACAGCCGGAUGACUGGAGAAGUCACGGUCUGGGAGAAGAAGGACGAGGAGGUUUGAGGAAGCAUGGAGGACAAGCAGGAGCCCGGCAGACCCACGUGGAGCAGGCAGAUUGAGUUUACUCUGGCCGGGAUCGGAUGUGCUGUGGGACUGGGAAACAUCUGGAGGUUCCCGUACCUGUGCUACAGGAGUGGUGGAGGUGCAUUCCUUGUGCCCUACCUGAUCAUGUUGGUUGUACUGGGAAUCCCGCUCUUGCACAUGGAGCUGACGUUAGGCCAGUAUCUGAGGAGGGGACCCGUCCAGGCGUUGACCAAAGCCUGUCCACUGCUGAAAGGUGUUGGCAUGGCAACGGUGGCCAUCUCUUUCAUCAUGUGCACAUAUUAUAAUGUCAUAAUCACGUGGGCGCUGUACUACAUGUUCAGCUCUUUUCGGAGCGAGCUGGCCUGGGAAAACUGCAACAACACGUGGAACACGGUCAACUGCACAGAUCACGUGACCAACAGCUCGUACGCCUCCACCGCCAGCCAGCAGUUCUUCAAUUUUAGGGUGCUGGAGAGGACCCGGGGUGUGGAGGAGACGGGAACGUUGAGAUGGGAACUUUUUCUCCUGUUGUUGUUGGCCUGGAUCCUCGUCUACCUGUGCAUCUUAAAAGGGGUCAAAUCCACCGGAAAGGUGGUGUAUUUCACUGCUCUGUUCCCGUAUGUGGUUCUUCUGGCUCUGCUGAUCAAUAACGUUCAGCUGCCAGGAGCCAUGGACGGCAUCCGCUUCUUCAUCAUUCCAGAAUGGAACAAACUGCUGAAUGUGGAGGUCUGGGUUAAUGCCGCAGCUCAGAUCUUUAACUCCAUCGGCAUCGGCUUUGGGUCUCUGAUGGCGAUGGCCAGUUACAACUCCUUCAACAACAACAUUCUCAAAGACACUCUGGCUAUUGCCAUCACUAAUUCAGUGACGAGUAUCUUCGCCGGAUUUGUCAUUUUUUCAGCAUUUGGCUACAUGUCGCAUCUUCAGAAUGUGCCGGUCAGUGAAAUUGCAGUGGAUGGUCCUGGUCUGGUGUUCGUGGUUUACCCACAAGCCUUUGUGACGAUGCCCGUCGCUCCUCUGUGGGCCGUGCUGUUUUUCUUCAUGCUCCUCUGCCUCGGAUUGGACAGUCAGUUUGCUAUGGUGGAGGUGAUGGUGACCAGCGUGCUGGACAGCUACAGUAAACCAAUACUGAAGUACCUCAGACAGAAGGAGUUUCUUGUACUUGUAAUCUGCUGUGCUGCUUUUCUGAUGGGCAUCCCUCAUGUCAUGCAGGUCGGCAUCUAUGUGUUCCAGCUGAUGGAUCACUACACGGCUAUCGUGUCCAUCAUGUUCCUGGCAUUUUUUGAGAUUAUUGGUGUCUGCUGGCUGUACGGUGUGAAGCGUCUGUCCAGUAAUUUAGUCGAGAUGACCGGGAAACCCCCCAGUAUUUUCUUCAAAGUCUGCUGGUGGGUUAUUUGUCCCGUUUUGAUCACUGUUAUCCUGGUGUUCUCAGUGAUUCAGUUUAAACCAGCCCGUUAUGAGAGUUAUGAAUAUCCCGCGUGGGCUCAAGGGGUCGGCUGGGUCAUCGCUUUGGCCUCCAUGAUCUGGAUCCCGCUAGCAGCGCUGCACACGCUCUGGGUUCUGCCCGGUUCUUUCACUGAGAAACUAAAGAAGUCCAUCACACCGUUUUCUCUGGAUGAUGAAUCCGAGGGCUCACAUUACCAGGAAAAGUUUGGAGAUCUGGAAGUGAUCAGUUCAGCUGUCCCUCCGUCUAUAAAAGACCCGAUCCAGACUAACUUAUAAAUGAUCAAC